AUGCUCAAGGCCCAGGCUCGCUCAUUCUCGACGGCUCGAGCUCUCCUAGCUCGAGCUGUCCCUGCGCAAAAGGGCAGGAUACAUCCGCUCCUAGCAGCCAAGCAAUUCGUGUCAGACAACAUCUCCGACAAAUUGGCAAGGAAAUUGAGAAGAAAAGAAACGAAAAUGAAGAAGAAAAUCACUCGAGACGUCAAUAUAUUGAAGCAGUAUGAUAUCAAGAAUGUGCCUUUCAAAGUCGAUCCUGUGCUUGGGGAUCCUAGAAACGAGUUUUUCCAGCGGAUAAUGGCCAAAGUCGAGAAUCAGGAAGCCAACUUGGCCUACGGAACAGAUCGGUUGGAAAUGGAAAAGUUGUUGUAUGCCGCAGAAAAGCUUUCCCUUGAGAAAAACUUGCACAACGAUGAACUCCGAGAAGCUGCAAAGGACAUCGAGGAGAACAAGAAAAGAGCCAUCUUGACGAUCCUAAACUUGAGAAACACCAAUACUCCAGAUAAAAAAAAGUUGGCUGUUCAGUAUGCAAAACAAGAGCUCCAAAGAGAGCCCGGUGACACCGGCUCACCCGAGGCACAAGCUGCCGUGAUGACAAUCAAGAUACACUUUGGCAUGGCCCACGUAAAGGCAAACAAAAAGGACCACACGGCGAGACAACUCGUUAGAGAACUAGUCCAGAAAAGACAGCGUAUUUUAAAGUACUUGAAAAAGCAAAACCCGGAAAGGUACUACUAUGCUUUGGCCAAGUUGGGUUUAACAGACGAUGUCAUAGUUCGAGAGUUCUCCAUGAGCAUGCAAUACUUGCAAGAUUACAAAGUUUGGGGCGACAAAGUCUUGGUUAAAGAAACCGCUACCAUGAAGAGGAAGGAGUUAAAGAUCAAGAGUCUUCGGGAUAAAGUGCAUGAAUACCACGAAUUGGCUAGAAGAAACCAUGAAAUGUUGAAAGCAGGAGCAGCAUCCGCCAAAAAGAGCGCAAAUAAAAAAUGA